CUACGCGGAACAAGCUGCACAAGCAGCCUGCCGACCACCAGUGCUUUCUACCGCCGUGGAGUGUCGCUUCUUCUUCCUGGAACGGGUUUUUCUCUCGCGGGAGGUGGUUGUUUUCAUCGGAGAAAAAAUGUCAGGGGUACAGGAGGACCAGAAAAGACAGCCAGGCGUGGUGGGUCGCCUCUCGCCGAGACGCGCGUGGAGUGGCAUCUACGCUGUUCCAGUAGAGGGAGUUCCGAAGAAAGAAGGCGAGAGCGCAGUUUACCGCUGUGUAGAAUCUGAGCAAAGCGGUGUUCCGGUCAAGACGCUGCCUGCCGUCCUGGAAGACUUCCCCGAAAUUCGGUCUCCGUUUGACACGCUGUACUGCGCUGCCCAGGCGUUUUCGAACGACCCUUUUCUAGGCGUUCGCGAAAAGUUGCCCUUGCAAGUGUUCCCCGCGACCUCUCAAGAAGAAACAGACACCGGAACUGGCUCCUCGGCGACGACAGCGAAGACACCAGAGGCGCGGCCUGCAUGCGCGGACGGGGAAGUUCCCGCGACCGGACAAAAGGGAGUUUCCUCCUCAAAAACUAGUCCCGGUGGAGAGCGAUUAGCCACAGGAGGAACCUCGCCUGCCACGUCUCCUAGCAAAGACUGCACCAGCGGCCUGCAGAGUACUCCCAGUGCACCGAGCUUCGGCGAGAGCUGCCGGAAGUCGUGUCUCGGUUUCGGAGAAUACAAGUGGCUGUCCUACCAAGAGACCCUGAAGCAAGUCCAGUCGCUCGCGUGGGCGCUCAGCAACGAGGUCGACAUUCCUGUUUGUUUGUUCGGGGACGAUGCUGAAGUUCAAGAGAAUUAUCGAUUCGCGGGCAUUUGGGCCAGAAGCAGCGCAGCCUGGCGCAUCACCGACUACGCUUGCAACGCAGCCAAGAUCGUCAGCGUACCUCUCUACGACACACUCGGCCAUGAGGCACUGCUCUACAUCAUCGGACUGACAAAGCUCCAGGUUCUGUUUGUCGAGGGAGCAAAGCUGCAUCCAGCGUUGAACCUCGUCACCGAAGAGAAAGUUCCUUUAAAGGCAGUCAUCUGCUUCGAUUCGGUCACGCCUGAGGAAGUGGAGGAGUUCGCUGCUCAUUCUGUCAAGCUGUACGCGUUCGACGACCUCAUCCACAAGGGCAUGGGGGAGAAGCACGAGAGGCCAGAACUCAGCCUGGACGACGUCUGCACAGUUAUCUUCACUUCGGGCACGACCGGAGUUCCCAAAGGUGUGGUUCACACAAACGGAGGCUUCGUCGCAACCAUCGCAGGCUACGUAGGGUGCAACAAUCGAAUGAACUUGCGUCGAGGAGACGUCACUCUGAGCUACCUCCCGCAGUCACACGUAUACCAGCGAGGAGUGGAAAUCAUCUUGACGCAUCUCGGGGUGGGAAUUGGCUACUACUCCGGAGACAUAACGCGUGUUGUCGAAGACAUUCAACGGCUGCGUCCCACUGUCUUCUUCGGCGUCCCCAGAGUGUACACGCGGAUGCUCGACAAGAUCUUGUCGGGCGUGAGUGAGAAGAGCAACGCCGUCCAGUGGCUUUUCAAGAAAGCACUUGCUUGGAAGGAAAACAACUACAGGAAGGAUGGAUCGAGAUUCACCUCCCUCAUCCCCGAUCUGCUCUUCGGGAAGAUCCGCGCGACCUUUGGAGGCCGCCUGAAAACGCUGUGCAUGGGCAGCGCUCCUAUGAAGGCAGAAGCCAUUGUGAUGCUUCAGAUGCUUCUAGGGGCUCCUGUUUGCGAGGGCUGGGGCAUGACGGAGACAGGCAUUUGCUUCUUGCAAGACCUGGAAGACAACGAGAAAGGGACGAUAGGCGGCUCGUUUCCUUCACUUGAGUUCAAAAUUGUCUCUCUUCCGGAGCUCGCGUACGACGCAACGGGGGCGACUCCCAAAGGCGAGUUGCUCGUUCGAGGCCCGUCAGUCACGAAACGGUAUUUCCAGGACCUGAAAACGACUCAGGCUGUAUUCGACAAAGACGGGUGGAUGCGGACCGGCGACGUCGUAGAACUCCUGCCAUCAGGAGCGCCUCGGAUCAUCGACCGAGCAAAAAACAUCUUCAAACUGGCACAGGGAGAAUACGUUGCCCCAGAGCGACUGGAGAACAUUUUCUCUUCAUCACCGUUUGUCGAGCAGAUUUAUCUUCACGGUGACUCCUUCCAAAACUCGGUCGUUGCGAUUGUCGUACCCUGCAAGGAUGUCACGCUGAAAUGGGCGAAAGAACACAACAUGGGACAAGUCUCGUACACGGAUUUACUGAAGAGCACAGAUCUGCGACAGAGCGUCCUACACUCCAUGAAAGAAGCGGGCCGCGGACGCGUGCACGGUUUUGAGGAGCCGAAGAAUGUGUUUCUUACCCCUCACGCCUUCACUGCAGAAAACGGCCUGGCAACACCAACCAUGAAGGUUGUGCGCAAGCAAGUGGAGAAAGAAUACCGGAAACAGAUCGAUGAAAUGUACGCAGAACUCAAAGAACGGCACCAUCCUGCCAAUUGA